UUAGAUAUCCUAUUUUUCUGCUUGUAAUUGAUUUAAAUUGAGAAAAUGUUUUACAAUAAGUUGAAUAAUUUCAGUAUAAAGUAUUAAAAUGUUGCAACGACUAUAAGAUUAAGUAUAUAUUGUUGAAUAUGUGGAUAAACUUCACAUACUAAUAGAUCUAUGAAAUACACUUGUGAAUAACAGAAAAUUAUAAUGGAUUCCCAAAAUCAUAUGGAUACGUACAACGACAAUGCUGCAUUGAAUCCGCCUGCUAUGAAUAGGCCCGUAGAACCAUUCCAACCUUUUUUGCGACCGGAAAUUACAGGCAUGAAUCCGGAAGAUCCUUAUGCGCAGUAUCUAAGAAACCAGGAAUCACUGCUUUUAAACGAUAUGAACGCUAAACAAUCAUUGGAUAUGUUAAAACAACAAACCAGCGCACUUGACGCAUUAAGUUACCCCUGUAUUGGCAGUAACAGUUAUCCGCCGAGUGACCACUUUGGGCAAAAAAGAAAGAAAGACUCCGAAAAUGAUGAAAUGAUAGAGGCAAAGAAAUCAAGUAGCAUUAACAUGUCUGCGGAAGAGAAAAAGACUGCUAACAUGCGUAAAAAUAUACGAGAUGUCUUCGAUGAAAACCAAUUGGAUACGAAUACACUAGCAGCACAACGUGAGGAAUCUGAACGUUUGGCACGUGUUGCUGAACAACAGAAAAUCAUACGUGAAACACAACGUCAAGCCGCGGUCAAUAGAAGUUUUGUGCGUACACAAAAUAAAGUACUCUCCCUGUUACAAAGUGGCACCACAUUUGCAAAGGUCACCAGUGAAACACCAUUCGAAGAAGUCGACACAACUUUAACAGAAUCCGAACAAAAUGCCAGUCCACAAGCGCUACCAAUUAUUAAUGACGACGAAAAGCUUACUAGUAAAUUAGAAACUGAAAGUGUUUUACAAAAAGACGUUAAACCAAUAUCGCCAACACCUAUUGAUGAUGAUGAUGAUGAUGAUGAUACUGUAAAACCCGCAGAGGAACAAGUUAUCAGUGAUGUGGUGACAAUAGAAGAUAGUUCCUCAGAAGACGAUUGCAUUAUGCUAUCUGACGAUGAAGAGGAGCUAGACGAUGAAGAAGAGGUAGACGAUCCGAGCAAUAGCGGUUUACAUGUCAAAGAUGCUUACAAUGUGGCCGAUGACCAAGGACGUGUUUUAGUGAAUAUCGGUCAUCCUGAGGGUGAAGAUGACAUUUUCGUAGCGCCACAAAUAGCACGCACAAUCAAACCACAUCAAAUUGGCGGUGUGCGUUUUCUUUUCGAUAACAUAAUUGAAUCAACGAAACGUUUCAAAAGUUCCAGCGGUUUCGGUUGUAUACUCUCGCAUUCAAUGGGUUUAGGAAAAACGCUACAAGUGAUUUGUUUCUGUGAUAUCUUCCUGCGGCAUACACCAUCCAAAACAGUGCUCUGUGUUAUGCCCAUCAAUACGUUGCAAAAUUGGGUGUCCGAAUUCAAUAUGUGGUUACCGAAAUACUCCGAUAAUCCAGAACAUAUACGCCCGAGGCAAUUUGACGUUUUCAUACUCAACGAUCAGCAUAAAACACUGAGUGCACGUGCCAAAGUUAUACUUAAAUGGGCCGAAGAAGGUGGUGUGCUGCUAAUAGGCUAUGAAUUGUUCCGUUUGCUGGCAUUAAAAUUGAUGUCGACACGUAAACGCCGCAGCAAUAAAGCGGGCAAUUGUGAACGCAGCGGCACAGAAAUGAAUAGACGUUUAAUGGAGAGUGUACAUCAGGCAUUAGUCAAGCCCGGUCCGGAUUUGGUUAUAUGCGAUGAAGGUCACCGCAUUAAGAAUGCACAUGCCGGCAUAUCACUUGCACUGAAACAAAUACGCACACGACGUAGAAUUGUAUUAACUGGUUAUCCAUUACAAAAUAAUCUGUUAGAGUAUUGGUGUAUGGUGGAUUUUGUGCGUCCCAAUUAUCUGGGUACACGCAAUGAGUUUUGUAAUAUGUUCGAACGACCCAUACAAAAUGGCCAAUGUAUUGACUCAACGCCGGAGGAUCACAAAUUGAUGCGCUAUCGGGCGCAUGUGUUACAUUCGCUGCUUUUGGGUUUUGUACAACGUCGUUCACAUGUUGUGCUGCAACAAACACUACCUAAAAAACUAGAAUAUGUUAUAUUAACGCGUAUGACAACGUUUCAACGUCAACUUUACGAUACAUUCAUGAAUGAUAUAGUGCGUACCAAAUCUGUUCCUAAUCCUUUAAAAGCCUUUGCUGUUUGUUGUAAGAUAUGGAAUCAUCCUGAUGUGUUGUAUAGUUUCUUAAAAAGAAAGGAAAUUGACUUGGAAUUAGAAAUGGAGGAAACCGAAGUUAUUGGCGAACCAACAACAACUGCCACUACAACAACAACUAUUGUUACACCGGUGUGUGACGUUGAAAAAUCCACGACGCUGGAAGAUAAGCCAACCGACGAUGCCGUUGUUAAUGAACCAAUGUGUCAAGAUGUCAAACCCAAAGAAGAUCUUAGUUCCGAAGCUAAUUCGCCGGCAUCAGAGUGCAAGCAGGUGGAUCAACAAUCGCCAACAGAUAUGACACAGCGUGACGGUCAGGCAUUGAUGGCAAACAAACCGAAUACGGAGUUUUCCAACUUGAUGAAUAGCUCAUUGCUAUCGGAUCACUACAAUCAACAGCAAAAUGAUGUACCCUCUUAUUUGGGUGGAAAUGGCAAUAAUUAUUGGCAAGAGUCCAACGUAAAUUAUUUCAAUUAUCAAACAGUGAGCGAUAAUAUUGAAUCAUUAUCGAAACCGAACUAUGUCGGUAUGGUGCCACAGCGUGCCGAAGAAACUCCCAACGAGGCCACCGAAGGAGCAGGCUCUUCACAAAUCGUCGAUUUGGAUACGAAGGAAAUCAAAACUGUCGAAACCGAUAUAGAUAUGACACUCUGUCCGGUCAUUAAAAAUGAGGCACUAGGCGAUAAUUCUAUGCUGGCAAAUGCAAAUGGUGAGGGUGCAACAACAACCGGCAAUACAGAUGCCUUGAUCGAGGAUAUCAAAAUGUUAACCAGUACGAAUUCUGUAGGCAAUGAAAAAGAUGUUGGCAAAGCGAAAUCAGACGACACCACACUACAUGAAUGGGCCAUAGAUUUGAUGAAGAAAUACCGACCGGGUCUGCUGGAAAACUCACCUAAAAUGGAAAUAUUCUUUUGUAUACUAAACGAGAGUGUCAAACUUGGCGAUAGAGUGCUUUUGUUUAGUCAGAGUCUAUUAACGUUAAACUUAAUAGAGACAUUUUUGCAAAUGACACGUAUGCCGGAUUCGGAUAUGUGCUGGGGGCGUGGCGUAUCGUACUUUCGUCUGGACGGUUCUACUACAUCGCAAGAACGUGAACGGCUCGUAAAUGAAUUUAAUUCCAAUACAAACGUAAAAUUGUUCUUGAUUUCAACUAGAGCCGGCUCGCUAGGCAUAAAUCUUGUCGGCGCGAAUCGUGUUAUAGUUUUUGAUGCAAGUUGGAAUCCCUGUCAUGAUACACAAGCAGUAUAUAGAAUUUACCGUUAUGGCCAAAGAAAGCCAUGCUUCGUUUAUAGAAUUGUAAUGGAUAAGUGUUUAGAAAAGAAAAUAUAUGAUAGACAAAUUAAGAAACAAGGCAUGUCCGAUCGAGUCGUCGAUGAGUGUAAUCCCGAUGCGCACCUCUCGAUCAGAGACAUCACCAAUCUCUGUCAUGAUUAUGACGAUGAUGAUAAGAGUCAGUCAGAGGUGCCGGAAUUCACCACACCGCUCGAUUCAUUCGAGGAUGUUUUAAUACGGAAAAUUGUGGAACAGCAUAAAGGCGGCUUAUCCAAGGAGCCAUUCUUCCACGAGAGCUUGUUGAUCGACCGAAAAGAGAAGAAACUGUCACAGGCUGAGAAAAGGCAAGCACAUCGUGGCUAUGAAAUGGAGAAGAAGGCGAGUGUUAAACAAAACUUUAGUGUGCCCAUUAAGAAUCAGUAUCGCAUUGUGCGUAACGACGGCAGUAUUGUGACGCGUCCUGUUGCGUCGAUACGACCUAUGCAAACAACAAAAACAACAACGGCGACCAAAAGUGGUGGCAUACGUACCACACGCUGGAUACCAGCUGAGGUGUGGCAGCGGCAAGGCAUGACGGCACAAGAAAUGACACUGCCUUUGGACGUUGUUAUACCCACACAUUCGAAUGACAAAUCGAAUAUAAUUUUAAAGUCCGGACAGCGUGUUAUGGUUUUAAAGUCCGCAAAAGGCAUUUAUAUGCAAUUGGAGAGUGGCAAAAUUAUUGCGAUUCGAACGUCCAGCAAGGCGGCAGAAGUGAAUAAGACGGACAAGGAUGAAGUGAUUGAUAUCACAAAUGAAGGCGAUACAACUGAGAAGAAAGGAGAAGAGAGCAAAACCGAAACUGCGAAACAAAAAGAAAGCGACAGUACAGCUAAAGGAUCUCAAAAUACUGAAACGACUGAAAAAUCAGCCGGUUAUGACAAAUGUACCAAUAACAAUACAAAAAAAUUGGUGGAAACUAAUCCAACUAAAGGCAAGGAAUUCGUGCAGCCAAAUCAGUAUAAAGCGGAUAUUCAAAUGCAAAAAGAUGACAUCAAUAGCAAAUUUGACAAUUUGAAAAAAGUUGAGCAGAAAACGAGUCCACAAAAUAUUGAGAAAGUCUACGCAUCACAUACAAAUGAUAAUACCACCAAACAGGAGUUUACCAAUGCAGCGAGGAGUGCCCAAAAAGUGUUGGCACCGAAACCGCCACAGCAAGUCGACGACAGUUUAGCUUUAAAAAAGCACGAGAGCAGCCAUCAGCAGCAGCAGCAGCAACAGCAACAGCAGCAACAAUUACUAACCCAACAUCAUGAGCAAGAGAAGGAAAAGAAGGAUUCUAUGUAUGCUUUAAAACAUGGCCUUGAUAAGAAUAACCCACCACAAAACACACUCUUGAAUCAGCAGCAAAAAUGUCUACCACAAUAUAAUAAUAAGCCAUUGGUGGAUCCUGCACCAUAUCCUUACAAGCAAAUAGGUAAUUAUCCAUUUUGUGGUCUGCCACCACCCGAUCUUUCGAAGUAUGCGAAUCAAAGAGGUGACAUGAUGACUACACCGACUGAGUCUUUUCAGACCUGUAAUUACAAUAAACGAAAACUACAAAAAGAGUUGCCAAUACCAACUGAUUAUACGCCUUCGCCCACAUCCUCAUCUUCAUCAGCUUCAGCCGCAUCAACAGCAUCAUCAUCAUCGUCCACAUCACAAAAUCAAAGCUUAAAACAUAGUCAUUUAAAUGCAGCAGCUGCUGCUCCAGCUCAUCAAUCACCAUACUCGCAAUCGCCCUAUACAUCUUUAUUCCAUCAGCAGCAGCAACCAAAACUACACCUGUACGGAUCAAAUUAUAAUUUAGACAAUGAACAUUAUAGUAAUUUAGCGCAAACUUCACAUAGUUCACAAAAUUUGAAUCAAAAUCAUAGUCUUAUUGGUGACACAUUUGGUGCCGUACAAGAGAAUAGCACAAGCCUUAUGCAUACCGGUGGCGGUCAAAAUGUGUCAGCGCCGUGUGAUUAUUCCACACAUUUUCCCGACUACGCCGCCUACAGUUCGUACAACCAUCCGCAUUAUUUUCCACAUUUUGCCAAUUCAUAUGGCAAUGGUUCGUCAGCACCGAUUGGCACCAAUCCAUACCACCAAAUGCAUUGGUCACCAUUAAUAGCGCCAACAUCUAUAAAUGAGCAAUGUAAUCCUGUACACUCGUCCGUUUAUCCUCAAAAUGGUGCGCAACAUAAUCAAUGGCAUCACAAAUUAUAAAUAUUGUAGUUAUAUAAGUAAAAAAUAUCACCAUUCAGCCACAAAAAGGUUUUAAAUUAAUUAAUUUAAUUGCAUGGUAUUAUCGUAAAUUUGAAAUAUAGAA